CGCUGGGUGUAAUUGACUGUUGUGCUUGUGUGCUUUAAGACGGGCUGUGAGAUGUACGGCAGACAGAUGGAAUCCACCGCUGGAAUCGAGGAGCUGACGGACGAGGAGAAGGAAAUUAUAAACAGCGUGCUGGCACGAGCCAAGAUGAUGGAGGCCAUGGAGCAAGAGAGGAUUGGGCGUCUGGUUAAUCACCUGGACAGCAUGAAGCGGACAGCCUGCGGUGAUGGCUACUCGCGUUGUUUACUCUGCGGCCAACAGUUCGGUCUGACGGGCGUCAGAGCGGUCGUGUGCGCCGAGUGUAAAAAGAACUUGUGCACUAAGUGUGGCGUUCAAAGCGUCACUCAUUCCAGUCCAAUAUGGCUGUGCAAAAUCUGCAGUGAGCAAAAAGAGAUGCUGAAGCGGUCUGGUGCCUGGUUCUUCAAAGGUUUACCACAUCAGAUCUUACCCGCUCCUUUACCGAUCUCUAAUAAUAGAGACAUCAGAACCACCAGUGCACCAACUUCAACCGAUCGAGAGCCUUCCGUAUCAUCACGGCCAAAAAACGGAGAGAGCAUGCAGGUCACGGACAGAGAGCAGCAGGUAUCUGCAGAAACGAUGCCCCCUAAACUAGACGAGCAUUCUGUCAUAUCCCAAAGAGCCCUAGAAGAAGACAGAGGAAGACAGUCUAUGAGCAGGAGCACAGUUCAGUCCGGACAAACUUACUCACCUGUGGUGAAGAGAGAAUUACCGGCGCUGAGCUCCAAACCUCCAGUGUCGACCCUUUCCAUGACUCCCAUACAAAAAGAUCCUGUGAGUCGAUCGGAGGCCAUGGCAUCACCUGCUAUACAGACCAAUGCACGUUUGCCAGCUGCCAACAUCAUUCCCUCUUCACGCCAGCCACCCCCCCCCACCGCAGAGGAUGAAGAGGACGCCAACAGCUAUGACUCUGAUGAUGCUACCACUCUGGGCAUGUUGGAGUUCAGUCUGCUCUACGAGGAGGAGAAAAACGAACUGCACUGCAAUAUAAUCAAAGCAAAGGGUCUCAAGCCCAUGGACUCCAAUGGUCUGGCUGAUCCUUAUGUGAAACUGCACUUGCUUCCAGGAGCCAGUAAGUCUAACAAACUAAGAACAAAGACGAUUCGUACCACCUUGAACCCUGUGUGGAACGAGACGCUUGUUUAUCAUGGCAUCACUAAUGAAGACAUGCAGAAAAAGACUCUCAGGCUUUCGGUCAGUGAUGAGGAUAAGUUCGGCCAUAAUGAGUUUAUUGGAGAGACACGUGUGGUCUUGAAAAGACUGAAGCUGAACCUGAAGAAGACCUACAAUGUGUGUCUUGAGAGAGUGAUUCCGGUGAGAUGUACUGCUGGCGCAGGUGCAUCUCGUGGCAUGGCGCUCUAUGAGGAGGAGUUGAAGGACGACGAAGAGGGAGAGGAGAGGGGACGUAUCCUGAUUUCUCUCACCUACAACAGCCAACAAAGUCGUCUGAUUGUGGGUGUAGUUCGAUGUGCUCAUCUGGCAGCAAUGGACUCGAAUGGCUAUUCAGACCCCUUUGUAAAGAUUCACUUGAAGCCUGACAUGGGAAAGAAAGCAAAGUAUAAAACUCAGAUCAAGAAGAAGACACUUAACCCUGAGUUUAAUGAGGAGUUUGGCUAUGAAGUUAAGCAUCCUGAACUGGCAAAGAAGACGUUGGAUGUCUCUGUCUGGGAUUAUGACAUAGGAAAAUCUAAUGAUUUCAUAGGUGGAUGCCAGCUUGGUAUCACCGCUAAGGGCGAAUGUCUGAAGCACUGGUAUGAAUGUCUGAAGAACAAGGACAAGAAGAUCGAACGCUGGCAUGUUCUGUUGAAUCAAAACAACAUUGAGGCUGAUGACUGAGGUCUCGUAUCUCCAAAGACGACAGUAUAUGGUUCCAUCUUCCAAAUGAAGAAAUCUUGCUUCCAAGCUCGAACUGCUUAUAAUGUUUACAUGUCAUCC